ACGACUCGCAGAGAGACGGCAGUGGCGCCGCCACAGGCAGUGUUGGAAAAACUAGUGGUUGCAAAAACCAGAACAACCGAAGCACCUGUAGUUUUGGUUCUAACACCCGGUUUUUCAUGGUUCUUUGGUUUUUGUAAAGGUUGUGUGGUUGGCCGAUUGCAUUUUUGUGCUCAAAGAGGUAUCUGUUGCUCCACUCCGCGUCGUGUGGCACGUUCGAUGCCAACCAGCGGUACCGUGGGUCUUGUGACCAAGAGGAUGAACUUGCCUGUCUUGGAGUGGGCUUGGAUCAGAGGUUCUUCGACUACUCGACGCUAUCGAGGGCGUCGACUACAGGCAGAGGACAUCAACAUAGCUCCAGUAUCAAGGGGAACAGCUCUGGAGUAAGCAGUGUCAACAGUGCAGCCAACCAGAAGAUCCUAACGCAUCGGUUGUUAAAGUACCUCAUCGCCCAGUAUGAGCCGUUGGAUGUCUCACACAUGGAUGUUGAGCUCAGUAUGCUGCGCUUUGGGGAGCUACGGAGUGGCCAACACCUGGAUUAAACUUUAUCUACGUAUUCGGCGGAGAAAUGGGAGGAAACGUGCUGAAAUUCCCGUCUGAGGACACGAUCAAGCUAGCGCUAGCGGAUUUGUAUUACUCGCAGCGGGAAAUUUUGAAGGAGAUGAUGGUUGAUGUCGAAGUGAUGAGCUUGUCGCUGAACAAUUGGACGUCGGCUUUUGGACAGAAUGUACUCACUGCGAGUGGCCACUGGAUCUCCCGAGGCUUUCGACGUCGAGAUUGCGUGCUGGAAGUGUACGUGCUGCCUCUGGACGAGCGUGUUAACAUCAUUGCGCUGCUUCGGGACGUCAUGGAUAAAUGAGAAAUCCCAUCAGCUAAGGUGGCAGCGCUCACAAUGCCUCCACACACACCAACGACGACGCAAAAGCUUUCUGAUGGAAGUACAGCAAGAUGGGAGCUACGAUUAAUUGACAAAAUUGAAUGGAUAAAGUGAGAGCAUGUAGAGUUCGAGGGCGUCUUCUCGCAGCGUUCGUCAGUUGACAUGAUGGUCGGCAUUUACUGGCGGAGCCGAAAUGGUUGUGGACUUGCGAAGUGCCAUACUGUGCGUGCGGAAGAGAAUAUGUAACCUUAUUGAAAUUCGUCAAAGCAAUAACGAACCUACCUGGUUGAGCCAACGGUGUGUUGGGUAUCUUGGACAGCUCAGCUAUAGUUACCUUUUUCCCGCGCAAUCCUGGAAAACCCUGUUCCUGAAGAAAGAGUCUGUCGUUGUGUCUCGGAAAUGGACGUCGGUCUCGCUCUGGAAUCGGGUCGGAUGACUGGAUUUUGAUCGUCUCGAGGACUGCGGCAAAUUGCUUCUCUUCUGCUAAUGAUGCAUCUUUUGCAGUUAACGGAGAAUCUGCAUUGUCAGCGAUAGCGGUAUUAUCGAGGGUAAAGGGGGACCGUCGUCACCUUCGAGCUCGCAAAAAUACUGCCUGCCAGUACUCAAACGCAGUAUCAAUUCCAACGACGUUUUCACCUUCAACAUCCACCUCAGGCUCGAAACAUUCGAAGCGAUCAUCGCGAUAUCUAAGGCGUGUGCGCUCUGUGGGGUCGAUCAGUCGUGUAGUUUUGUUACUCUUCGCGACAUCUAGGCCGGCGUCGUACUCACGUACCUACUUCCGAACUAAAGCAAGCUUUCGUCCUUUAUCUGGUGACAUCCUGUUUCUUUUGGUCGUGUGAAUUAACGAUAGCUCGCUAAAGUAACGUUCGCAAGUUACCGUAUUUGCAGCAAUAGAUAGAACUACCAGAGCGAGGUCUGGCAACUUACUUCGUGGCGUCUCGGAGUGCAUACAGUUCCAGUAUGCGUCAAUUGAGCUGAAGUCAGCAAACGAUAGCCCUGUGGCAUCGUCAUUCACGAUCCAAUUGUGUAAAUUUUCAUAUAAGCCUGCCAUAUCCUUGCCAAUGCUGAAGCGCUUGAAGUAAUACAUCC